UCUUUAGUCAAAUCUCGUUUCUCUCUCUCUCUCUCUCUCCUGUUUCUCUCUCUACCCUAGCUUUCAUUGAUGUUCUUAUCUAACCAAUUUCACAGUAAAAUGUAAAUAUUCAAUUACAUAUUUGAAAUUUUAUUUCCUCAUUGAACAAAUUUUAAUAAAAUGUGGUUUCUGAAAUAUUUUAAUUUCAGGCUUCCAACUACAUUUCUUCUGAGCACAAGAACGACCUUGGUUCUUCUUCCAAAUGCAACAAGAAGAUGCCAAUGCGACCUCCCAUUACGAAUAAAACUGAAGAGAGGAUCGUGAACAGACCUCCUGAGAAGAGGCAACGAGUACCAUCUGCAUACAACCAGUUCAUAAAAGAGGAGAUUCAGAGAAUCAAAGCCAACAAUCCAGAAAUAAGCCACAGGGAAGCAUUCAGUACUGCUGCAAAAAAUUGGGCACACUUCCCUCAUAUUCACUUUGGGCUGAUGUUGGAGAGCAAUAACCAAGCUAAACGAGGUAAAGUUGGAUUUAUUUUUCAAUUAUUACUUUUGAAAGAUAAAAAUUUUCAUUGUUAAUUGUGUAUAUUUAUC